AUGAUUCUUACCGAAGUGCACCUACUCGAGUGUUGCAUCUACCGUGGCAUUGUAAACCUCUCAAAGCCGAAGGCUGCCCUCACUUCCGCCAGGACUGUUGCAAACUUAAUGUAUCGACCUCCUCAUCUUCAAGCAGACAAGGGUUACACUACUACAUACUCAUACUCUUAUGAGAAUUUCGAGGAUAUGUCAUCGCAAGACGACCCAGCAGCGCUGAACGUUCUCAAGCACAUGCUUUUGUGCAAGGUCAUGUUGAAUGUGGUGCAUUAUGUAACAUCACUUCUUUCUAGUGAGCUGCGGAACUUGUCGGAUUUUGAGGAGGCCCUUCGGGAUUACAAACAUGAACUCUCGUCCGACCCUACCAUUCACUCGCAUCUUGUAGCGCUUUACGACACCCUUCUCCAGCAAAAUCUGCUGCGUAUCAUUGAGCCGUACUCGGCGGUAGAGAUUGACUACAUUGUCAAACAGGUCGGGCAAGGACGGCAGGACGUUGAGGCCAAGCUAUGCCAGAUGAUCUUAGACAAAAUGCAUGAAGCGCCAGAAUACGAAUACGACGGAUUGAACUAA